AUGCAUAAUGUUUUACCGUCCUGCAGGAGAAAGGAUUCUAUAGUGGGUGAUUUUGGAUUGUCAAAAAUCAAAAGAAAUACAUUGGUUACUGGUGGUGUCAGGGGAACCCUUCCAUGGAUGGCUCCGGAGUUACUAAAUGGUGGCAGUAAUAAGGUUGAUGUCUUCUCCUUUGGGAUUGUACUUUGGGAAAUUCUUACUGGGGAAGAACCUUAUGCCAAUAUGCAUUAUGGAGCAAUAAUAGGUUUGUUCCCUCUUGGCUUGUGGUAUAGUACUAACACAUUGAGGCCACCCAUGCCAAGCUUCUGUGAUCCCGAAUGGAGAUUACUUAUGGAGCAAUGUUGGGCUCCAGAUCCAAUGCUCCGUCCGUCCAUCCCUGAAAUUGCUAGCUGCUUGCGUACAAUGUCUGCUGCGAGCAUAACUAGACCACAGGGCUUUGCAACACAGACUCAGCUAUCCAAAUGA